AUGAAGCACCGAGCAGAGGCAGAAUUGGGGGGAGGCAAUUCCCUCUCCCCCAGUAGACACCCGCGAAGGGAAAAAAUCACUCCACUGAUGAACCUAAAGAAAGCACUGCUCGAUGCAGACGUGCUGAUAGAUGUGUCCAAAAUUAAAAUUUACGCCAAGGAGAAUUUCGAUCUUGAAUUAAUAAACAACGUAAAUGAUCGGUUCGUAGAAAAGACAUAUAACUUACUGCUAGACACAAGAAAAAAUAUAAUUCCCGAAGACGAACUUAAUGAUUUUAUAUUUCUGCUGAUGAAUGAAAGAAAGGAAAACAGCCAACUGGAAAAGAUGAGCAGAAAAGGCCACGACAAAAGUGAGUCCGCCAAAUGUCCAAUAAAAAAUGAAGUUACGAAUUUGAUAAAAAAAAUGAAUAAAUUUCACUUUUAUUUUAAAGAAUUUCUCAAGAAGGAUAAAUUAUGGAUGGAUGUUGCAGAUCGAUGCGAUGGAAAGGGUACCACGUGGGGUAAUACGAAAGGUACUACCCUGGAUAAUCGAAGAACACACCAACAAUCACCUGUCCAUCAGAACACUGACAAUGCGUGCAGAAAGGAUCGCACUUAUUUGUCUCACAUACAAAGGAAAGGUGAAAAGGGAAUGGUGGAAACCUUGUAUUCACAGAGUAAGGAGAGAAAGGAACACCGGGAAAAAACAGAACGAGCCAUACGUAGCUUGUUGAGUAGCGGACUCAGCGAGAUGGAAGAAAUGACAGAAGUGCCUGAGGAAAUACAUAACAGUUUCGCAGGAUUAGAACAUGCAACAAAAAAGAUGGCUCCAUUUACCCAAUGCGUAAAGGUACAGAAAAUUCCCCCUUCCUCUUCUGAUGGCAAUAAGGUAAUAGAAACGGAAAACGCGCAACCCUACCCUUGUUAUUACGUAGAGAGAGGAGGGUGUGCCUUCCAAAAGGGCUGGACCAAUUUGGCUGGAGGGAGAAGCACACAUAAUCGGGGGAGACACAAAGAGGGCACCAAUCAGUUAGGAGGUGUACCAGACGGCGAGAACAUCGGUGAUGGUAAUAUCAGUGAUGGUAACAUCAGUGAUGGUAAUAUCAGUAAUAGCAGUAGCGGUGAUGACGACCGCCCCAGUGAAGUUUUGCGAAGGAGUCAUUCCGAUGGAGCCAAGUACUACCUGUACAGAAAACACCUCUUUGAAGAUCGUCACAGGCAACUCGCACACGGGUCUUCACUCACGGAAUACGAAAGGUAUAUAAUCCGAAGGAAGAAGAAGAAGAAAAAAAAAAAAAAUAAUAAUAACAAAGAUAAAGGUAACCAAAAUAGGGAGAGUCUAAUUUCUUUACAAGUUCCAAAUGUGCUAACAUGUGAUUGGAAAAAAUACCGAAGGAGCAAUAACAAAGGAAAUACGCAUAGAAGAAAUAAUGUGGACAACUAUUUGGGGGAUGCCUACAACAGUUGUGAACACCCCGUUGAAAGGAACCCAAUUCUGGGUGCAAGUUACGAAGAGGAUUUUUCCCGCAGCUACCUCCACGAGGAGAAUAACCAUUUUGUUCACACCGUGUUGGGGACGAAGGAGGAGAAGAGGCAUUUUUCAAAGAAUUCAGGUUACGCUAAGGGGAAUAUUAAGGGGAAUAUUAAGGGACAUGCUAUGGGAGGCAUCACAUGGCGUGAGGAUGGGGGAUAUUCAACCACCGGAAAAAAGGGCCUUACUCCCCCCUCGGUAACAACGCGAUCCGCUCCGAUCAUUCCGCAGGAGGUUUAUUAUAAAAAAGGGGUUCUCAUAAAGUCGGAUAAUAACUCCUAUCCUGAGGGGGAGAAACGUUCGGAUGAGUUGUGUCCAGAUGAUGGAGAGGGACAACUGUCAGAGGUACAAAAGCGAGGUAGGGAUGAUAUUCAUCUGAAGGUGCCCAAUGGACCCUGGCACUUGGCACGAUCAGAUAAAGGAAAUGGUAUCAUAAGUGCAUCAGGGACGGGAAGUACUCUUCCAAGUGGAAGGGCUACGAAGGAUAUCUGCAAUGGUAGCGGUAUGAGGAAAAAAGGCUCAAGUGGGGGGUUCCACACGGAUGGGGAGAUGACCAAUGUGAAGGACAAUGGUUUAACACCCCCCAGUGGGGUGGUAGAUAAAGAAAAAAAGGGAGACAGAAUAGUAGACCAUAAAAAAAAUGUAUCUAUAGAAAAAAAAGAAAAAACGAAAAACGAAAAAUUACAUCGUCCCGUUUGUGAACAAACCGAUAGCAGUACAAAGGGGCAUGUACCCGGAAAAAAGGACGACAACAUUUCUCAUUUCGAUGAAGAAAUUCCGAUGGAUAAGUCAAAUGAGUGGAAAAGCGAUAUUGAAUCAGAGGGAGAAUUGAACACCUUGGAAGAAUCAAAGAAGGAUAAUAGGAAUUAUAUUUGGAGCGCGAACGAUUUGAAUCACCCCCAUGAUUAUAGCCCUACUGUCAGCGCAAAGGACAUCAACGAAUUGGAAUUCUUCGAGAGGAAAGUAUCGACCCUGUUACAUCCCAAAGGGGAAGUAGCUCCCAACAUUAGGAGUGAAGAGAAUUACGAUGUGAGAAAUAAGAAUGUGAAAAAAUAUGAAGAGGCCAUGUCGAAUAGUACGUCCACUAUGGAUUACCCCAAUGAGAGACACACUCAUGCGCACAGAGAUAUUUGUUCAUCUGUUUCGCAAAAUGGAGAAAGGAGUCUAUUCCCUGAUUAUGCAUCCACCUUGGGGAGAGACAAUGCCGAUAUGUAUGUUUCCUCAGAUGAAAGGAUUGAAGAUGUUGAUCUGGAUGAAAGGUACAGAAGGACGCAUCCAAGGAGGGAACAGAAAUAUAAUUCUUUUGGAAAAGAGACUCUACACAAACAUGGAAGAAACAUUCUUCCAGAGGGUGCUAUGAAAGAGGGGGAAGGAUCAAAUUUUUCGAAGAGUUCCACGUAUGAUCAUGCGCUGAUUAGACACAUGGAACAGAAUGCUGAAUUUUAUGAAAACAUUUCUCGUGAUAUGGAAGGCUUCACGAGGGGGUUACAGAACGAGUCGUUUUAUAACCAUCCUGGGAAGUACUUGCAUGGGGAUGAUUGCAGUCCCCAUUGCACUUCCCCUGGACACAGCGCGAUGAGCUUCAGUCAGAAGGAUUUUUUACUUUUGAAAAAAAAAAGAGAAGAAAAUUCCAGAUUGAGCAAAUGGCUAAACAAAAUAAACGCCAGAGAAAAUGAGAGAAAAAAAAAAAUCCAGGAAAAAAAAAACGAAUCUAUAAAAAAGGAAUUGGUAAAUUGUACCUUCCAUCCCAGGGUCAGUAUCAUUCAUCCGAAUAAAGUGAAAAGUUUCAUAAAAGAGGAAGGCAGAAAGGGAGGUAACAUGAAGAUAAACACGAAGGGGUACAUCAAAUUAGGUCCUCACAAUGGUAAAGACGAGUAUCAGGAAGACACCCAUGUUCUUGCGCGUGGGGUCGAUAGACGCGCAGGUAGGGCAAAAGGAAUCACACGCAUUAACACCGGGUGGACAGAUACUGCCUAUGAUAACGGUGGCAUAUUACCCAUGGAUAGGUAUGAAGAAGCAGUCAUGCGUGAAAAUGUGGUAGGCCGAAUGAACCGAAACAUCGGUGUGAGGGAUCCCCAUGGUAGAGUGCCUGCAGGGGGGGCGGCGAGGAGAGGAUACCAUACCAGGGGAAGGUAUACUGAUGGGGAAAUACCUGGUGAAGAAGACAUGCACAGCGAGAAUCGAAAUUGUGACGAUAGAAGUAGCGGAGAGGAGCCCUACCGGGAAAGUAAAGUAAAACAGAUAGAUAGGAAUGAGCUUCUGUACUGGAAAGCCAUGAAGCAGAAAGAGCACCUCCAAAGGAAGAAGGAUGCUUUUGAGGAAUCAAAAGAAAAUAAAUUUAAAAGUGAAUGUAAGUUUAGUCCAGAAAUAAAAGACAACGUGAAGAUAUACAUGUCUGAUCUGCCAAAAGGGUACAACAAAACUGUGGAAAGAAUCAAACGGGGCGUCGAGGAAAAGAGGAGAGUCCAUAAUUUCUUGGAAUACAGGAUCCCCGUGAACACAAAUGAAGAUAAGAAUGCACAAAAUUCCCUUCGUAGUAAAUGGCAAGGGGGUAGGACUACCACUCUUUCCCCGUUCAGCUUUGACAAGGGAUUCUACAAGGUGAAAAUAAAGCCCGUUUAUUUUGAAACGAAAAUAAGGUUGUCCGAAAAUAAAAUUGCAUCUCUCGCAAUUCGGGAAGACGAGGACCCCUUGUACAUCAUUGACAUAUUUUGUAAAAUCCAUGCAAUUAAGGAUGAAGACAAGAGGGUGCUUUAUGAAUAUGUGAUGGAUGAAUUGGGGAAGGCUUCCCAGGGUAGCUAG